CAAAUGCGAAUACGGGACAAAAUAAGUUGGAGGUCAUCUACUUCUGGGGAAUUCUGAGUUGGUGUGAACGCCCGAUGAGUGAAGAUUUGCAAAUUUGCCAUUUUCAGGUCAUCAGAAGUGACGAUAGAGGUGGGACGAAGUGCUAUGUUGGUCAUGAUGUACUGAAAAUAAUGCUGCAAAACGAUGAUGUCUUUCUUCGUUCCGCCUUCUUCUAGUAGUACUGCUCUGUGCCUGAUUCUAGUUCUACUCCAUUCGAGCUACAGAAAGUAGAGUGACCAUCAUCUUCGCCAUCCUUCAUUCCACCUAGAGGACCUAGAAGUAGAUUACUUAUAGUACUCUUAAGUACAUAAACUAUGACUUCCACCUCCGUGGAUCCCCCUCCACCUCCUCCCGUCGACGAAAAUGGCUCCUCAACAUCUACUGCCUUGCCUGGUGGUUUGAAGGUUCCUAGAAGAAUGAGUGCGGCUGAGUCGACUGCUGAUGGAAUCUCAGAACCGGCAUUGGAGAAAGGAGAUAAGCUUAGUACUAUGGAGGGAGACGACAAACAAUCGUCACAUUAUGGAGGAGACAAGAGGAGUCCAGUAUUUUUUUGGUCUUCUAUUGCUACAAGUUUUUAUUCCUCCUGGUCAUUGAUUGUUGGAUUUAAUUAUGAUCAACAUGGACAUGUAUCUUCAACUACAAUUGAUGUUGGUCUUAUCCUCUUUGGAUUCAUCUACUCAUCUGAAGAAGAUGAAAAUUGAAUACCACUUCGUCCUGCAAAAAAAUGUAAAAAAUUUGAAACCAGUUCGUCCCGUCUUUUUCCAUUUUUUACUCACUGAAACCAUCUCAUGUUCUUGUUGUUCUUUGCUCAACACAGGACCUAGCGGCUUUAGAGUCCUUGGUGGAGUCGUCUGGCUCAGAGGAUGGUCGGGAUGAUGACAAAGCUAAGAGACUCAACAACACGACGAAGAAAAACAUAGAAGGAACUCAUGCGGCACUCGUCGACGAGGAUGAUGACGAGCGUGACAGGAUACUGGCUGGAAGCAAGGCUGGAAAGGAUCGUGCAGCCAAGAUCGACUUGUCUUCUAGCUCAUCUUCUGGCUCAAACAGUAAGAUUAAGGGUAGGUUAAAGGUGCUUUUCUUACCGCUUUUUAUGCCUCUCUCCCUUAGGAUGAGAAAGGCAUAACAAGCGGGGUAAGCGAGCACCAAAAGCCUACCUCUAAUAAGAGUAAAGUACUAGUAGAAGAUGGCAAUUAUGGGCCAUCUGCUGAAGAGCCACAGUCGUCGAGGAAUGCUAGUCCACCAGCACGAGGAGCUGAGCAGGGCAGACAGUCAUCUAGUAGAGGUACAGCUAAUGGGAAACUACUUCUAGGCACAGCAGGACCUCCUCCUUCAUCAAAUGGUGCUGACAGGGACAACAGUAGUGACGAUGAUGAUGAUGAUGACGCAGCACAUAAUCAUAAAGAUAAAAGAGACGCGGCGCUGCAUCAACAACAGAACGGAGUAGCAGUAGCAAGGAAUGGUCACCAGCAUAGCAAUUUUGAGCCCAACGACGAUGAUGAGAAGAACAACGGCGAACAGAGUCAUGAUCCAGCAGACCACAACGUUAUCCAUGAAGAGAAGGAUCAAGACGAGCAUGGGGACCUAGAUUUCGCAGAGCCUGAGGAAAUAGUGGAAGAGGGACACGAAGCUUCGGGUAUUAUUGUGGAUCAUUUCAUCCUGCUCACCUCAGUCAGGAUCCUAUCAACGUAAGUAAUUUUUUCCUACGUGGUCUCCUCGAUUAAACCUUCUGGCACUUAAAUCUCCUGCUUAAUGAUCCGCUAAUGUUGCAUUUCUUCAUUCCUUUCUCAGAAAUCCACCAACCAUGUUCGAAUCACCUGUUCCAGGUACCCAACAAAAGGCGGAGGAACAAGCGUCUACCAGUAAAGCCUCUGGUGGGUCUGGGGAAGGAGCGAAAAAAGUGACCCUCACUCCGGGAAGCGGUAGGCCUGGGGUGACCGCUCGUCCUAGACCGAAAGGCCACGUAGGUCAGAGGGAACGAUUAGUCUUUUUAUGGAAGAAAAAGUUUUUAAUUUUCUUUUUGUAAAAAGUAAGAUUGAAUCAAGGAAGUGAUACUGGUACAUCCGCAAAUGAGGAAGCAGUAACCUAAGCGCUAGAGACACUAAGCUGCACCACAAAUAAGUGAGUUGUGUUCCUCUGGAAGAAAGAAGAUAAAAGGAGAGCUUAAACAAAAAGUAAGCAUCAGAAGCUUGAUCCGAUCCCACUUAAGUAAGACGCAAUAACAGAAGCUGGCGUAGUAAUAUAUGACUUUGGUACUACUUGGUAGCAUUUCAACAUUUUCAUCUUAGAAGCAAGAGGUUUGGAUACAUAGAUACAGGAGUAUUUUCUUUGGGCGUUAUUCAAUAAUCUCAACUCUCUCCUCCUCUCUCUCUAAUCCCUGGCAUGUUAAAGGGGCAUCUCCAGAGCGCGAAGAAAGACCUAGAAAUGAACCAGAGCACAGAAUUGACUAGAAGCAAGGAAAUCGCGGAGAGGACCAAGCGGGCUAUGGACCGGAUGGAGGUAGAGAAGGAAAAGGCCGAACAGGAAAGAAAAGCAGCUGAAGAGAAAGAACGGUUUCGACAGAAAAGGAUUAAAGAGUUGAAGAGGAGGGAUGAGGAGGUACUUGUUCUUGUAAUUGAUGUUAAUAUAAACAAAAGCAUAGACAGAUCUUCUUCAUUUGCUUCUCUUGUGCUGUGCUUUUUCACACAAAAUAAAUUUUUACACCGACACCUAACUCUGCAGUGUCUAUUUCCUCCAAUUACGAAUUAACCUCCAACUACCUCUACCAAUUAACCUCGAACUACCACUAACACAAACUACACUCAGACCAUUUCUCCAACAAAAACACUCAAUAUUUUUUAGGUCCUCGCCCUCCGUAGCCGUCUAGAAGAACAUUACGGUCGCAUGCGAAACUUUUUGAGGACAAAAACUGAACAAGGCCCGGUCAUUUUCUGGUUACCGAGGAAACAUACCAAAGAAACCCAGAGGCAACUAGAACUAGGCCAAGUGGAAAUCGACAAAAAAAUCGAAUCUUUGAAGGAGACGUUUAUGUUGCCUUCUCAACUGGCAAACCUAGAAGACCCCUUCAGCAGUGGAGAAGUAGAUCACAUACAACUCACUUCCAGAAGUGGGAGUGGUGGUAGUGGAGGACCGCCGCAGGAAGAGGGCGAGGAAGAUAAUUCACCUUCGAAUGACGUUGUGGUGGUACUAUGUUGACUUUAAUAGGAAGAUGAUAUUAGAUAAUAAUUCACCUGUGAAUGAUGUUGUGGUGGUGCUAUUUUGAUUUUAGGUUGUUGAUUUUUACAACUGUCUUGUUGAUGUCUCAUCUUCUUCAACUUGUUGAUGUUGUACCACUACUUUCAACUUGCUUCAACUAUUGAGUUGCACGCUGUCACAUCACAACUUGGACUCAUCCAUUGUUCAAAUGAUACAUCAGGCUCGCGGUGGCAGUAUCGUAUUGAAAAGUAAGCGUGCAGCAGAUGCCGGAGAGGAAUUUGAAGCAAAGCGUGGUCGCAGGGGUUAA